CAAUUCCAUCUUUCAAAAGCUUUAGGCACUUUGCUUUUCACUCUCCUCUAGAAACUAGAAAAAAGUGGUGUUUUUCUUUCUCUGAACAACACUCAUAUCACUUUUCCUUUUUUCCAUUUUUUCAUCUUAAAUCAAUGGACACAACUCAGUGGGCACAGGGGAAUAUUGGGCUGGUUAAACAAAUGGAAGGGUCAAAAGCUCCUAUGAUAGAGAGAAGAGCAAGGCCACAAAAAGAUCAAGCUUUGAACUGUCCACGGUGCAAUUCAACCAACACUAAAUUCUGUUACUACAAUAACUACAGUCUCUCUCAACCAAGGUACUUCUGCAAAACCUGUAGAAGGUAUUGGACUGAAGGUGGUUCUUUGAGAAAUGUGCCUGUAGGUGGUGGUUCAAGAAAAAACAAAAGAUCAUCGCCGUCACCUUCACCUUCGAUCUCGCAACAACAACCUCCAUCAUCAUCUAUAACAAAGAAUAUUAUCGUUCCGGAUCUUACUCAAUCCGCUUCUCAGAACCCUAAGAUCCAUCAAGGACAAGAUCUUAACCUAGCUUAUCCACCACCACAAACUGAAGAUAGUUACAGCACCAUAUCUAAAUUCAUUGAACUUCCUUACACGACUGAUCAAGAAAAAACUCGUAAUUCAUCGUCGUCGCCGCUUUCUGCUAUGGAGUUGCUCAAAACUGGGAUCGCUGCUUCUUCAUCAAGGGGUUUGAAUUCCUUUAUGCCUAUGUCAUUAUCUGAGUCUAGUGCAAUGUAUAAUUCAACUGGUUUCGCUUUGCAAGAUUUUAAGCCUGGUCUUAAUUUUAGUUUAGAGGGAUUCGAGAAUGGUUAUGGUGGUUUACAAGGGAUGAAUCAAGAGAGUUCUGGUGGUGGAGGUGGUGGUGGUGCAAGGAUGUUGUUUCCUGUUGUGGAGGAAUUGAACAAUAAUAAUAAUAACAAUAAGCAACAACAACAAGUUCCAAAUAGUGGUGAGUUUGAACAACAUCAACAUCAGCAGAAUAAUAGAAGCCAAGGUGAUUCAACUGGUUAUUGGAAUGGUAUGUUAGGUGGUGGAUCAUGGUAAAAAAGUUGUGGUGUUGUUAAUUUAGUUUAGUCUCUUUAAUGUUUAUUUUAAUUUUUUUUUCUUUUGGAUGUAUGAACUUUGGAGUGAUGAUCAGAACCACUAACAAAAUUAGAGUACUACACUACAUAGGUUUAUUAUUAUUUAUUAUGGAUGUUGCUAUGUUUUUUAUAAUCCAUUUUAAGUUUUUAUCUCUUCUAUUAUGGCUUUUUUGUGUGUGUUGUGUUGGGACAAGAAAGUGAAGAUGGAAUGAUGGGUGUCAAAUCGAUUACAGCGAAAGUGGUCUCCUUUCUUUUUGCUUUGCUUGCAAAGUGAUCAGAAGUGUCAGAUGCUAUAACAGUGCCGCCAUGGUCCUGUAAUGGGAUCUGUUAACGUGACAGUAAUAUACAUCGCUUUGUUUAGUGUACGAUGCACGAGGUUUUCAUUAGUUAAUGCUCAACCUAACUAAAUUGGGUUCAUUGUAACAGUAACACAAGUUAAUAUAAUAACAGUUUCUCACAGUAGAGUAGUGUGGUAUAAUAAUGCUAUCUCAAUUUCUUUUGGUAAUCACUUCUGUUAGCGUAACACAAUUUAUAGUUAGGUUUUAGUUAUCUUUUCAUUGAAGUGGUUCUUUUUUUUCUUUCUAAGAAUUGAAGGUUUAAUACUAAGUAUGUGUUGGGAUUGUGUGGUCAGAUAGCAUAUAAAUGGGUAGAAAAAAGAAAUUGUAUCAAAAUGUUAUAUUGAAAAUCUCUUAAGAGAUACAAUAUUAUUGUCCAUGAAAAAUGUGUGGCGUUUGGAUUCUAAAUUUGCUCUCAUUUUGAAUCAAGGUAAUGGUAUGAUUCCGCUUUGAUGAAAGAGAUACAUCACUAUUAAAGGGGACUAUUUUUGGUUGGCGUGAGGUAAAUGACAUAGUAGGGUAAAUUUGCUUUGAUAAUGGUAUAGUUUAGCACUCAUUCAAAAAUAAAAGAGAUACAUCUCUUUUUUAAAAGCGUCUAUUGUU